AUGGAGAGUAUGGAAGUUCGAAGCGACAGCCGUCCUCCACAUACUCCCUGUAGAUGUGGAGCCUAUGACAAGAUAAUGGUGGCCACUAGUAUUUUACGAAACAGGAUCAUUGAUGCGGUCAACAAUGAACUGGAUCAGUAUGAACAACCGUUGUCCUGCCUUCUCCAGUUUUCGAAAGACGCCACUUACUGUGAGAAUGAUGUCGCGAGUGCCAGCAGUCAGCUGACCUUUGAAGAAUCAAAGAACAGUCCACCGCUCAGCUCACAAAGCCAGUCGCGCAGUUCCGAGCUCAGUACUGAACGCUCACCAUCUCUCGAUCUCAUUGUUAAUGAUAUCGUUGUCAACGCGUCAUUGUUGUUGUUAUCAAAGUUGAAGUAG